GGAUGCACCGUGGUGGACAGAGGCUGAACGAUGCGCUACAGACCUGCUUUAUUAUAACCAGGCCGGAUGAAAACACUUAAAGAAGAGGUGGACACCUGGAGUCACUGGGUCUUUUAUGUCAGUCUGCUUGAUCAACCAAAGCUCACUCAGUUGCAAUGGGAAAAUGCUGCAAAUGCAACGGGAGACUGCUGUGCAUGUGCCUGCUUCCUUGCAUGAUGACCGGCCACCUUCUGAUUUAUGUCGUGGUGUCCAUCUUCAUCACCAUCACCUACACUCCUCCGAAGAUAACUGUCCACUAUAUUGCCCCGGGGGUUUCUGCUAAUUCCUCAGCUUUGGCCUCUCACCCACUUGGCCCUUUCUGGAACCUUCGCUUGGAGGACAGCGCGUUGUGGAACCGGUUGCAGCACGCUUGGGACCGUCAGCACAAUCCAAUCCUGAGAGGAAACACAACUGGCGUAAUGAGGAAGCCAAAAGCUGAGUUCUUAUCAGAAAUUGAGGAUGGAUGCCUUUCUGACUGCAUGUCACACAAGUGUUCAGUCCCUCGUGUGCACGAUUUGAACAGCUUUCCAGAUCAAAUGAAAGCAUUUAUCAGGUCAAUGCACUGCAGUGAGUACCCCCUCCUCAUCAACCAGCCGGGUAUAUGUAAAAAGAACAACAGCAGCUUUGGUGUGGACGUUCCAAUGCUCCUCAUGGCCAUCAAAUCUCAAGUGGGGAACUUUGAAAACAGGCAGGCCAUCCGUGAAACGUGGGGGCACAGUGGUCUGGUGAGAGGAGGAACAAAUAAGAAAUUCAGACUAGUUCGCACUGUGUUUCUGCUGGGAAGGCAGGACUCAAGCACAGGUCCUCACCCAGACCUCAAAAACCUGUUGGAGCUUGAGAACCAGAAGUAUGGCGACAUUUUGCAGUGGGACUUCAGAGACACGUUCUUUAAUUUGACCCUAAAGGACUUGUUGUUCUGGCAUUGGUUCCAGCAGUACUGCCCCUCUGCCUUGUUUGUCUUCAAAGGGGAUGAUGAUGUGUUUGUUCGAACAGACGCCCUGCUGGAUUACCUGCAGAAACAGUGGGAGGAGCACAACCUGUGGAAGGCUUACACCAACGACACCAACAUUGAUUUGUUUGUUGGGGAUGUGAUCCAUAACGCACAGCCAAACCGUGAGCCAUCCACCAAAUACUACAUACCAGAGAGCUUCUACAAAGGAGUGUAUCCACCCUACGCCGGCGGAGGAGGGGUGGUGUAUUCGGGUUCACUUGCGUUACGUUUGAAAGAGGCAUCAGAGAGGAUUCGCCUGUUCCCCAUCGAUGAUGUGUAUCUUGGCAUGUGCCUGCACAGACUGGGGCUCUCUCCCAGCCACCAUCCAGGCUUCUUAACAUUUGAUCUCCCACAUUCAGACAGGAGCAAUCCCUGCGCUUACAAAUCUGUUCUGCUGGUUCACAGACGGAGUCCCAAGCAGAUGCUGACGCUGUGGAAACAGAUUCGAGGUCGCCGUGCUCCAUGCUGAGGCUCAUUUGCCAACCAAAUAGGAGUCACUGAGUGCCGGCUGAGCUUUGCCACCACAAUCAUUUUUUAAAAACAUGCACAUUGUGACUGCUCUUCAUGUCAAGCAGGCUGUUAAGGUCACAUGUAAUGCACCUUCCCUCUGAUGUGUUACAUAACUCGGAGGAGGAUCUACCUCAAAUGGUGCUUUUAUUUUGAUAGCCUUACAAAAUAAGGGCAUGCACUUGACACUCUCUUAAUCAACACAGGUAUGUAUUUGCACUAAAUUAAUCUAUAAGUUUUAUUUUACUACCCAAAGGAUACAUGAUAGCUUACAUAAGGGGGUCAAACAUGCGGUCUGUGGGCCAAAAUCGGCCCUCCAGAGGUUCCAAUCUAGCCCACAGGACGACUUUGUAAAGUGUAAAAAUUCCAGAGAAGACAUUAACUGCAGAUUGUAAAUUUGUAAAACUAUAAAUUGAAAAUAAUUUCUAGACCAUGACAAGUUGUUUUGAUCAGAAAGUAAAAUACUAGAUUGUUCAUUGUUCUUUUGUCAUUUUGUGUCUCAUUUUUGUGUUAUUUUAUCUUGUUUUUGUUGGUUUUUUUUGUCUUUUUUGUCUGACUUUUGUUGUUUGUCUCAUGUUUUUGUCAUUUUGUUUCUCGUUUUUGUUAUUUUGUGUUUCCAUUUUUUCUCGCUUGUGUUUUUUGUCUUGCUUUUGUCAUUUUUUGUCUUGUUUGUGUCAUUUGUAUAAUUUUUUUGUCUCAUUUUUGUCAUUUGUCCAUUUUUUGUCACUUUGUAGCUUUUUUGGUCGAAUUUUUAAUCUCUUCUUUGUUUUGUUUCAUGUUCUCCUAUCUUGUCUUUUUUCCCCUCAUUUUUGUCGUUUUGAUCACAAAGUAAAAUACUAUAUUGUUCAGUUCCAUAUGCCUGUGUUUAAAAUUUGGAGUUGUGGUUAUUUAUAGGUUUUUCUAUUGUGGUUUUACUGGUCUGGUCCACUGUAGCUCAGACUGGGCUGAAUGUGGAACCUGAACUAAGAUGACUUUGACACCCCUGGCUUACAUAUAUGUGAGGAGAAUACUUUAGAUGUAUUCAUAAUACAGCGUCUGUUUUCCAUUGCUUUACUUUUCACCAUUUUUUUAGUCAAUUAAGUCAACAUUUAAACCCCAACUGAUCCUAAUGAAACAGAUUUUUUUCACGUGCAGACUUCUGUAAUUUCAGUGACACCUACAGCCGUUAUUGAUGAUGAUGGUUUUCAUUUGACCAGAGACGAUAUAAUGUUCAUUUCUGAUGUUACAUUUUUCUUGUGCAGACAAUAAAACAUGUAUAUUAA